CUUAAUGAACAAUGCAAGAAAAGUGAAGUAAAUUAACGAAAGAAGUCUUACGUCGUUUAAAGUGGCGAGAUGCCGCGGAGUAGUUCAGUAUGACCGACAUCACAAAAAACAAUCUACUGGCUUCGGACAUUAAAUAUGACUCAACACAAAAGCCAAUUAAACUCCCAACAAGUCCUGCGAAAGAGAAUGACCCUUGUACGAUUGCUGCAUGGGGUAGAACAGGCAGGGGCCAAUCAGUGCAUAACAAUUUGCGAAAAAUGGACGCAAAUGUCAUGCUUCCAAAAACAUGCCAGCCUGCCACUACGGACAAGAUUGGCGAGAAUGAGUGCUGUACUUAUAUCAAGCGAGGAAGAGGAACAUGCAAUGGUGACAGCGGUAGCGGGAUGAUUCAAACCAGCGAUGAUAUGGAAAAUAGAGAAAUGGUGGGUUUGGUAUCUGGUGGAAAACCGUGCGCCAUAGGUUACCCAGAUGUAUAUACUGCUGUUUAUCCCUACAUAUCUUGGAUCAAAGAAAAAUGUAACAUAAAAUAAAAUGAAAAUAAUGAAAAUGUAAAAUAAUA